AUGCGUACACCCAUCUAUGCUAAUAAACAGCACAAGUAUGAAAGCGUACAAGCAGAAUCUAUUAAUGAUAACACAGACAAACAGUUUAUGAAAAAGGUUUUUGAACAAAACUUUCGGUACUCUACCUGUAGAGUGGUGAACGCAAAUAUGUCUCUCAAGCAGCUCUCAUCAAAGUAUCCUCAAAUUCUGUUUAUUUCAGAUACGUGGAUAGAACUUGUCGGCAUUGAAGGUGUUGACUUGAUAGUGAAAAGAAAUGGUCUGACCAAUUAUGGUCAAGUGUUGUCAAGUGCCUGUGAGACUUUGGUUACAUGUUACAACAAUUACUACAUAGAAAACUUUCAAACUUUUAUAGCAAACUAUUUCAUAUAUAUGGUUCGUGCAAAAUUUCCCGAGGUGAAGAUAUCCAUUAUAAAACAUAUAGUAUUCAAACAUGUCUCAGAUGCGGUGGUUUCCCAUGAGGUACAACCAGCUAUGGAUGGCAAUAUUACUCUUUCAUUAAAUGAAGAAGCCCAAGGCAACAUUUGUGCCCUCUUAAAACCAUCGAUUUUGGAGAUUAGGAACCGAUUACCUUCGUUUCCGAUGACAAAAGAAACUCUCAAUAAAGUACCCUUUAGUAUAAUGCCAGCAUUAAGGUAUAUUCUGGUUAAAUACGAAGCCUUAAUUGAAGGAAACCCAAAACUGCAGCCUGUUUUACUAGAACAUUCAGAGCAGACAAAUCCAUCAAAUAGAAAAAGACCAAAAAAGAAGAAGGUUAAGAAGAAUAAAAAGACAAGUAAAGACAACGAAAAGAAGUUCGUUACACCCAGGCUCUUUAGUUUGUUUUUAAAACCAAGUCUUCGUUGGCGUUUUAUAAAGAUCGAUAGUCAAAAUUUAGAUGGCAUAUUUCCUGGGGCUUUUUUGGAGAAACAAGAUAAAGAGAUUCCUUUCCAACAGAUACAAAGAUGUUUCUUUGCCUACUUCGAUUUUUUGAAAACAAACAUUAACAGCGAAGAAAUAAAUAGAUAUUUUAGUCCUUGUGCUGUAGACCCAAAUAGAAAAGAUGCAUUCAUCUCUUAUCAUGGGAAUACAUACAUAAGGUGUUUGUCUUCAGCCGAAUACUAUGACAUGAGUGGAAAUAGCAAAAGAAGAUCCAAUGUAGAGCCUGUUGAAACACAAAUUCCUUCAUCGAAAACCACGUCCAUUGAUCAUUAUAAAAUGUACAUCACUUAUAUGCUUCAGCAUAUAAAAGUUUUGUUCAAUUUUUACAGCUUUGAAACUGCUAGAAUUAACUGGCUCAAUUAUGUCGGUUCUCAGCACACAGUUAAAAAGGCUGUCAACAUUCUUAUUAACGGCUCAAAAAAAUACAACAAAAAAAAGAGGAAAGACGAAAAGAAAUAA